CCGUUUUAAUCAGAUAGAUGUUCAUGCUGAAGUACAAGGAACGUCUUUGUGGCUUGCAGCAGAGUGAGUGACUAGAUUGUUGAGUUAGUUCAGCCUGUCACUCUCGGCAAGCAAUGUACAAAUGACAGUGAAAUGACAGACACAUCAAAGGUGAUGGACUAGACUUUUUGGACAUAUAAAACAUGAAGUCCAACAUAAUUAGAGGCUUUUGACAAUGUGCUCGCAGACACGUUUUUAGAAACUCCAAAAUGUAUGGCAAUAAGGAGUUAGCCAGCUUCUGUGUCGUAGCUUGCAAAGCAGACCGGAAGUAAAGGUGGAAAGCGUGUGCAACAUCAAAUGUAAGCCCCCUUCACAGCAUCGGUGAGUUGCACAACAACACAGAAGGACUUUAUUAUGGCUCUCCGAACGUGUGCUAGAGUACUUUUAUCGGGGAUCUAUACAUGGUUUAACGACUGAGCCCCAGGGCAUCAUCUGUUCUAACAAGUCCCUCCCUAGUUCGUGGCCACAGGCUUGGCCCUGCUGAUGAUGAGCUGUAUCAGAGGACAACUGUCACUGUUAUGCAGAAGGAACAGCACAGUGAGGCCGUGAUCUACAGCUAUAGCCCACAGGGUUUUAACAUUGAUGGGAACCGAGUGAUUGGACCCUGUGCUGUAAUUCCUCCAGCCAUCCUCCAGUGGAAUGUUGGCAGUUUCACAGACAUCACCAUUGAGAGCUUGGCAUUGUUCUACAUGCUUGAACCCCGUAUUGAAAUGCUAGUUCUGGGUACAGGAGGCCGAGUGGAGAGGAUUGAUGCAGAGGCUAUAGCUUUUCUAAGGAAGAAAGGCAUAGCAGUGGAGGUGCAGGAUACGGCCAAUGCUUGUGCCACCUUCAACUUCCUGAGCAGUGAGCGGAGGAUCGUAGCAGCCGGGCUCAUCCCUCCCCCCAUCAGCACAGCGUUGGAGUAGUUCUGCAGUCACAGUAUUGGUGCUAUGGACAGCCUACCAGGAAAAGGCAGCACAGACCACCUCUCAUGACGAGUUCCAGGAAGUACUUGGAGAUGGCCCUCUGACUCUGAUGAGGAGAAAUUGACGCUUGAUUGAAAGGCUGAAAAAUCAUACCAUCAUACCUUCACAAAGCAGUUCUUUUGAUAUCAGACGUCUCUGUUAAAUGUAUCAUCCAUAAGUGUCCAACAGCCACCCACAGCCUGAUGGCAGUAGAUCAAAGUGACGUGACUGCCCUCUAUGUCACUGUGCUAGACGAAAACAACAGGUGGAAAUUUGAGUGGAGGUGUUUUGUAUAUGACAGUUGAAGAGUGUAUGAUAUAUACAUUAAUAAAUUGCACACUUUA